UGACGGCGGAACCUGCGCCCAGAGAUCCUGAUUUAUUCUUGAGAUUAAAUCUUCUACUACCUUCGUCCUCAUGGAUGAACUUCAGGACGUUCAACUCACAGAGAUCAAACCACUUCUAAAUGAUAAGAACGGUACACGAAAUUUCCAGGACUUCGACUGUCAGGAACAUGACAUAGAAACAACACAUGGUGUGGUCCACGUUACUAUCAGAGGCUUGCCAAAGGGAAACAGACCAGUUAUUCUCACCUAUCAUGACAUUGGCCUUAAUCAUAAAUCCUGUUUCAAUGCAUUUUUUAACUUUGAGGACAUGCAAGAGAUCACCCAGCACUUCGCUGUCUGUCAUGUGGAUGCCCCAGGUCAACAGGAAGGUGCACCCUCAUUUCCAACUGGAUACCAAUACCCCACAAUGGAUGAACUGGCUGAAAUGCUGCCUGCUGUUCUUACCCACUUAAGUCUGAAAAGCAUCAUUGGAGUUGGAGUUGGAGCUGGAGCUUAUAUUCUCAGCAGAUUUGCACUCAAUCAUCCGGAGCUUGUGGAAGGCCUUGUGCUCAUCAAUGUUGACCCUUGUGCUAAAGGUUGGAUUGACUGGGCUGCAUCCAAACUUUCAGGCUUGACCACCAAUGUCGUGGACAUUAUUUUGGCUCAUCACUUUGGGCAGGAAGAGUUACAGGCCAACCUGGACCUGAUUCAAACCUACAGGCUCCACAUUGCCCAAGAUAUUAACCAAGAAAACCUCCAGCUCUUCUUGGGUUCCUACAAUGGACGCAAAGACCUGGAGAUUGAAAGACCUAUACUGGGCCAAAAUGAUAACAGAUCAAAGACGUUGAAGUGUUCAACUUUAUUGGUGGUUGGAGACAAUUCACCUGCAGUGGAGUCUGUGGUUGAAUGUAAUUCUCGCCUGAACCCUAUAAAUACAACUUUGCUAAAGAUGGCGGACUGUGGUGGACUGCCCCAAGUAGUUCAGCCUGGGAAGCUCACCGAGGCCUUCAAGUACUUCUUGCAGGGAAUGGGCUACAUCCCGUAUGUGCAGCUCAGUCACCUGGGCACCGAGUCAGUACCAUCUGCCAGCAUGACCCGGCUCGUCCGAUCUCGAACCCAUUCCACCUCAAGUAGCCUCGGCUCUGGAGAAAGUGCCUUCACCCGAUCUGUCACCAGCACUCAGUCAGAUGGAACUCAAGAGUCCUGCGAGUCCCCUGAUGUUCUGGACAGACCCCAGACCAUGGAGGUGUCCUGCUAAGCAGAUGCUCCUCCCCUGGACUGUCAAGUCCACCAUCCUUCAGAUGACCACUCCGUAAUUUAACAUUUCACCCAGCAAACUGGCAUCUAUUCUCUUUUAUCUCCUGCAUGGCCAGUGACUCUGGUACCCUGGAUUUGUCAUCCUCUCUGCCUGCCCACCCCCUUUUUGUAUGUACCUACCACCACUUCCAUGGCAUUACUUUCACAUUCCAACAUCUUUAGAUAAUUGAUCUCCUCACCAGCUUUUUCCCAUGCUUUCCCAACUAUGUAUCUGAUAAGAUUCUUUGAUCCUGACGUAUGUAUGUGAGCACGUGUGUCUGUGUUCGUAUGUGCAUAGUUCUGUGAUUUUAGACAUGCUUUCUUGUAGAGCUUCUGCAAAAACAAACAAAAAGGGAUCUUUUUCAUUUUAAAUGGUGUUUUUAGGGGAAACAGAUUUCUAGGUUGAAUAGAUCGCUACACAUAGGUGGUUCCAAAUUGGUCCACAAGAUUUGCAAAGUGACUUCAGGAAAGAGAAGCUCUGAGGAACAUGGAGGGUUAUAAACCCAAGAGAGCUGUUGGUUGUGACCAGUGAUGCAGCACCUGGUACAAAGAAAAUGAGGCAGGUAGCUGGGACCUACCUCUGGAAUAAAUUCAUAGCCACUCUUCGGUACAGAAAGGGAAAGGACAUAUUCUGUUAGAAAUUCGCAAACAAGGAGGGUCAGGUGCAGCCUGGAGUUUUCCCCAAGAAGUGAGUCUGACUUCGUUGCUGAACUCUUCAGAGAGGAAAGUGAGAGAAAAAUGCCAGAGCAAAACGGUUGUCCCUGCAGUAUCUCAUCAGGCAGCUGUGUUAGUGUUCUCACCCCUCACCUCUCUGAGAGGACAAGAGAUUACCUGAAGAAUCUGCCUGGUGACUAAACAGCAGGGGUGAGAGGCACAGAUGUUAUCCUCUCAUCUUUAAUACAAAUAGCCUUGACUUAGUGGAAGCUAGAUGAUAAUGACAGGUUCCGUUCCUCAGAAAGAUUCUGAAUCUGACAGCUCCCUUAUAGUCAGAGGCAUGGAUUUGUCUGUACAGGCAGCCUAUCCAGGUAAAACUGUUCAGCUCCUUCCUGUCUGCUGUUCUGUGAUGUGGUCAUGGCCACCAAGGUAUCACUGGGAAGGGGGAGCCCAGGGCUACACAGCAAGGGCCCAAGUCUUGAAGACAUCCCGAUGCCAGGUCGGGGCUCAGGUUCAAAACCUCAGAAAGGGACUUGUGAGACAGUGUCCGCUUUCUGCUGAGACUGGGAAUGUGUCGCUCUGCCAGAGUACAACUUUUUACACGUUAUUAAAUAAAGCUGUAUAUGUCUCAUUGUUA